AUGUUCCGAUCAAAAGUUCGCAUACAUACAUGCAAAAUCAUCCUUUUGACGUCACUAGUCUGGUUUCUUGUAGACGUCAUGGUUAUCACAUUUUUUUCGGAUUGUGUCGGAAACACAGGCUGGAACUGCGUAUCUGACAAAAAUGAAAAUAGUGCAGCUUUGCAGGAAGUUAAUGUUAGAAAACGAGGAGUAUUAUAUGAAAAACUAAUUGAUAGGGGUAAAUCAAAAAAAACAUAUUUAGAAAGUGAAUUAAAAAAAUGGAUACCCGCUAGAAUCGUGCCAAAAAAUACACAAGGGUUUGGCGAAAUGGGUCAACCUGUGCGAACUGAUCCCGAAGAGGAAAACAUUAUGAAAGAAAUGUUUAAAAUAAAUCAAUUUAAUUUGUUGGCCAGUGAAAGAAUAUCUCUUAAUAGAUCUCUUCCUGAUGUUAGAGCUAAAGGUUGUAAAACAAAAAAAUAUUUUGAACUACUUCCAACCACUAGUGUAGUUAUAGUUUUUCAUAAUGAGGCUUGGUCCACUUUACUCCGGACCGUUUGGAGUGUUAUUAAUCGUUCUCCUAAACCUCUUAUAAAAGAAAUUAUUUUGGUUGACGAUGCAAGCGUACAACCUCAUCUUGGUAAAAAGUUAGAAAAUUAUGUUAAGACACUUCCAGUACCUGUAACUGUACUUAGAACGCCCAAAAGGUCUGGCUUAAUUCGAGCUCGACUACUUGGAGCAAAACAUGUCAAAGGACAAGUAAUUACAUUCCUAGACGCACAUUGUGAAUGCACCGAAGGGUGGCUUGAGCCAUUGCUAGCAAGAAUCACCGAAGACAGGAAAACUGUUGUAUGUCCAAUUAUAGAUGUUAUAUCAGAUGAAACUUUCGAGUACAUAACUGCCUCUGAUACAACAUGGGGUGGUUUUAAUUGGCGUUUAAAUUUUAGAUGGUAUAGAGUUCCCAAAAGGGAAAUGGAUAGGCGAAACAACGAUAAAACUGUGCCCAUAAGAACGCCAACAAUGGCGGGUGGUCUCUUUUCUAUAGACAAAGAAUAUUUUUACGAAUUGGGGGCAUAUGAUGAAGGCAUGGAUAUUUGGGGUGGUGAAAAUUUAGAAAUGUCGUUUCGGGUAUGGCAAUGCGGUGGAACUUUGGAAAUAGUUCCUUGCUCACACGUAGGUCACGUUUUUCGUGAUAAAUCUCCAUAUACAUUUCCCGGAGGUGUUUCUCAAAUUGUUCUUCACAAUGCCAAUCGUGUUGCGGAGGUUUGGAUGGACGAAUGGCGCGAUUUCUAUUAUGCCAUGAAUCCAGGUGCUAAAAAAAUAGAAGUUGGUGACAUAACGAGUCGAUUGAAACUCAGAGAAGACCUCAAAUGUAAAAGUUUUAGAUGGUAUUUAACAAACAUUUAUCCGGAAUCGACGAUGCCUCUGGAUUAUUACUUUCUAGGAGAUAUAAAAAACGUCGAAACGGAACAGUGCCUUGAUACGAUGGGCCGAAAAAGUGGGGAAAAUGUUGGAAUGAGUUAUUGUCACGGAUACGGUGGAAAUCAAGUUUUUUCAUAUACAAAAAGACAUCAGAUAACAGCAGACGACAAUUGUUUAGAUGCAGCCAGCGUUAGAGGUCCGGUUAAAUUAGUCAGGUGUCACGGUAUGGGUGGAAAUCAAGAAUGGAAAUAUUACAAUGAUACUUUCGAAUUAAAACACGUUCACACGGGACAAUGUUUAGAUAAACCGUCCGACAGAGAUUCGACACCCCAAUUGAGAUCUUGUGAUGGUUCUCGAGGUCAACAAUGGAUCAUGUCAAGUCAGUUUAAAUGGCAAACAAGAGAAAAUCAAACUGACUAA